UUUACGGUUAUUUUUUGAUGGAAUGCCGACGCCACCAGACAAAACUCGGAUUAAGCGAGCGGUGCAAACUCUACGGAGCAUCGGCUCAGUAGAGCCUGGAGGUGCCUCCUUAAGCAGUAGACCUUCUUGCACGAGCAGGAUCACGCGUUUCGGGCAAUAUCUGUGUAAUAGCAGCCUCCCGCUCGGUCCGGCCAGCAGCGUCUUUUGGGCUGCAAUGUUCGGCAUUCUAGAUGACGCGCUGGUUGUUGCCAGUGUUUGCGGGAACUCCAGCAGAGGGCUCUUCCGGGAGAAAGAGAGCGAGUACUUCUCCUGGGCAGGAGACUACAAUAGAAGAGGUCCUGGUGUGAUAGACCUAACCACGAGUUCAUCAAGUUCAUCGGGGAGCGAAGUCGCUAGUAGGCGGGACUCUGCAACAAGGAGAAGCGGGAAAUCGGAAACGGCCAUAGACAAGCUUUUGAGCCGUCUCGUUCUCGCUACAAGAGAAGGACUGAGUAUUCCCUCGAACACAGGAGCCACGAAGUCUAAGAAGCUAGUAAAAUUUCAGUUCUGCCCUGACUCAGUAGAUCCUUUCUUGAGGUUGCAGCUGACAGCAAAGCUACCUAGCUAUGGCACGAAAGGUAGCACUCGAUUGAAUGCAGAUUCUGGCAUGAAAGGAUUGUCCAACAAGGGAGGUGACCACACCAGUGCAUUUGCAGAUAGAAGUAGCGGCGUCCGUGGGGAAGACGGGAAACUACCUGGUGCCGAUCGCCUGCUACUCUCUAGCCCCUUUGCUUCUUGUCAAAUUGCUCGCUUGCGCAUGACGCGCAGCCAGCGAUUUGGGGCAGGUAUUGUGCGCACAACUGCACGACUACAACGUGAAAUGAGCCGCAACGGUUUGCUUUUCUCUUGGUCAAAUGAAGAAAAUGAGCAGGAGUUUAAAUCUUCUGAUGAUCCGCUUGAUUAUUAUUUUCCUACGGAAGAGGCAGGCGCGACAGCAGUCACACACACGUGGUGCAAUCGCAACUCGGGGCUGAGCAUUCCUGCUCUGCCCUCUAGGAGCAGUACUAGAACAGCGGCGAGAGUAGAUCAUGAUCACGUUAACGCGAAGCAACCUCUCAUUCCAUCCGAUCCACUCUUGAUCGCGGCGCUUGCGGCUGGCUUGUACCCCAAUUUGGCGGCUCGACGUAGUGGACGCAGGACUCGUGAUGUUGAGGUAUGUGAGGGCAACGCAUCAGCCAUGCCACAAAGCGCCUCCUGCGUCGCCAAUCUUCCCGCACACCUUA